CACUCUCAACACAAUCCGUUUUCUCCUUAAUUUUUAAAAAAUCAAAUUUAUUGUUAAGUCAAUCAUUCAUUUACUUAAUUUCAAUACAUCCAUAAUAUGUCCGCUUCUCCGAGUUCUGCGAGUAGAAAUAGCACGAUGACUACUAUUGCAAAAUUCAAAGACGGCUUGUCUUUCAUCGAAGCCAUUAAUAAUGUGCUUCAGAAGAAGAGUCCGAUUAAGUCGAGUAAUGCGGACCAAAAGUGGUUGAUUUGGUAUUGGAAGCCAAACAAUGGCAAUGACUGGCAUUGGGAGGACUUUCUGCAACUCAAAGCCUCGUUCACCACAAAAGACGACUUCUGGAGAGCGUAUAAUGAAGUGAAUGGCUUUGAAUUUGGACUUUUGAGUUCACACUAUAACUACUGUGUGUUCAAAGAGGGCAUCAAACCGAUGUGGGAGGACUCGGCCAACGGUCGAGGGGGUCGUUGGGUACUUGAGUUUCCCCGAAAGUGGGACUGGAAACACGUGACCGUUCUUAACGACAUUUGGCUUAAAUUGGUUGUUCUCAUGAUUAGACACAAUAUCAACAAAAUAGCCAUUUGGACGGCGAAUGCCGACAAUACGCUGGUUAAUUUGAUGAUUGGCGAAAUAAUUAAAGCCAACACCGGAUUCAACGGUAAGAUGUAUUACACUUCUCACAACUCAAGUGAUCAGAAGAUUGUUGUGAACAGAGAGAAAAAGAUACGAUUUAAAGGCUCUCCAAUCAACUGAAAUCCUAAACGGUGU